AAGUUUAAACUGCUGACAACAUGUGAAAAUGAUGAAAUAAAGAAAAGAGCAGUGGACUUACUCGAAAUUUACAUGCAAGCUUCCAUGCAAAAUUUAGACCAACCGUCGAGGAUUUCAAAGAUGAAAUAUAAAUAUGAGCUGCCCGGAGAGAUUCGACAAAUGGAUGAUAGAUCUAUACAAAUCUUUACAAAAGCGUUACAGGAAGGAAAGGUCCCAGUUCGAAACAUUCGAGUUAUGGUAGUGGGUCAUUAUGGUGUUGGAAAAUCAACACUAACAAAACGUCUUUUGGGCAUGCCAGUUGAUAUAACAAUAAGAAAGCCUACAGAAGGUAUAGAUGUACACACAGACAGAUGUAGACUCUUGAACGAUGGAACAUGGAUGUUGCCCAAAGCAGGUAAAGAACGCUUCAAUGUACUCGGUCAGCUAGCUAAGAUUUUGGAAGAGAAUACAACAGGUGACGACAGUGCUCAAACGAUACAAACUGAAGUAACAGAAACAAUAUAUACCAGAGAUUCUACAGUUGAUCCAAGUUAUCAUGGCAGUGUACAACAGGAAAAGAAUGAAGAUACAAAAAUAAACUCCUCAGUACGUACAGAAAUGACAAACCAGGACUGUACAAAGAAAGAAGGCGAGACAACUAAAUCUCAAGAAAAAAAGGAUGACAAAUUAAAGAUGUUGAUAGAGGAAGUAGUACAGAAUGAAGAAAAGGGAGAUGGAAAUGUGUCAAUAUGGGAUUUUGCUGGACAGGAUAUGUUUUAUUCAACUCAUCAGGUUUUUCUUUGCAAACGUGCUAUCUAUUUGCUUAUUACUGAUAUAUCUAAAGAUAUAAAUGAAAACGUAGAUCGUUGGAGUGAAGAAGAAAGCACAGAGCGCCAAGUUUCAGAAUACAUUGACUUUUGGUUGAAUUCAAUCCACCAUUAUUGCGGUUACUCUGAGAAAAAUGGACCUCCUGUUGUUUUGGUUUGUACCUUUGCAGACAAGUUACAAGAGGGAAUAUCAAGAGGAAAAGCGAAAGAAACAUUGAAUUGUCAUUUCGUUGGUAAGAUUGCAAGUUGCCACUUGACAGAGGAAACAUUUAUUAUUGACAAUAGUGUUGAAGAUGAGAAUAUAAUAAGACUACGAAAGCAUAUAUUUGAUGCUGCAGCUGGGCAGGAUUACUGGAAAGAAGACGUUCCAGCGAAAUGGGUGACUUUAGAAAAUGUUAUCAUGAAGCUAAAAGAUGAAAAAAUGAAGUUGAUACGAAAAGAAAAACUUCAAGAAUUGAAUCUGGCCUUACCAGCACCACUUGAAGAUGAUGAGCUAGAGUUGUAUCUACGUUUUCACCAUGAAGCAGGAAAUAUUCUAUAUUUUAGUCAGGAAAGCUUGACAAAACAUGUAAUUAUAGAUCCACAAUGGUUGAUUGACGCAUUUAAGAGUAUAACAAUGGCAGGUGAAAAGUGUUCAAAUGAAAGGAAAACAAAUGUUGCUGCAAUGUGGAGAGAAUUUAAGAAAUCAGCGAUAUUAAAGCCGGAAUUGAUUGAUGCAAUAUGGACAGAAGAUGACAACAUAAAUCAUUUCAAAUCUUAUAAAGACUUACUACUAGAAUACCUGGAGAUAUUAGGAUUAAUUGCUAAACCACACUUUGAGGAAAGCAACAAAAUUCAGGCUAGAAAACCAAUUUCCUUGGCCAAUGAAAGCUGCAAGAAAGAGGCCCCCAAAAAAAAUUAA